AUGACGACGCUAAAAAAUGUAGCUGCAAAAUGUGGAAUACCGGUCAUUAUUCCAUGUUUUUAUGAUGAGCAAUACAAAACAAACUCUAAAUUCUGGGGCAAAGUAAAUGGCAGGGAUUCCUGCAGUGUAGUAGCCUACACAAACACAACUGGAAUUACAUCAGUCACUGAUCACCCAGAGCUGAAUAUGUUCACUGUACAAAUUAACCCCGUCUCUGAUUCUGGAACGUAUUGCUGUGUAGCAGAGACUGGUGGUAACUGGGACCGUGAGAAUUUGUACCUGACUGUUAGUGAAGAUCCUGAUCUGUCUGUAGUGAUGGGCAGAGUGAGCGGUGCAGAAGGUGGAAGUGUCACAGUCCAGUGUCUCUACAGUGCAGCGUAUAGAGAGAAACAGAAGCAGUGGUGCAGAUUCAGAGACAGAAGCUGCAACACAGUAGGGAUGACUGACACAUCCCAGAAUUCAGCAGUGUACAUCAGUGAUAAUGGGAGAUCCUUCAGUGUGGAGAUGAGAGGACUGAAGAAGAGUGAUGCUGGAUGGUACUGGUGCAGUGCAGGAGAUCUGCAGGUUCCUGUUCACAUCAGUGUCAGUCAUCCACCUCCAGAUGUGCUAAACAACUUCUGUGCUCGGUUCGACAUGCAGAAUGACGUGAUGGCGAGGAAGACCAUCCCUCCUCCGAACAAUUAG